AGCUUCCCAGUCUACAUUUUCGAGCCCGUUGCGCGUCAUAUUUGGUUGUCUAAAAGUGACUGCAUCUUAUAGUGGUAAGCGACUGAGGUAGCUACACGGCUCCAAGAUGUCCAAUCCCCCAAAAUUUACCUUUGGGCAAAGCUCAGGGCCGGCUGCAUCCAGCAGCGGCUCUGGUCUUUUUGGAAACAAUACAAACAAGCCCGCAGGUGGUGCACUUUUUGGGCAGCCUAGUGGAGGAAAUAGUAGCAGUUCGCCAUUCGGCAACGCCAACAACAGCAACGCAAACAACUCGGGCAGUGGGCUAUUCGGUUCGACAUCGACCGGAGAUGCGAAUCAAAGCAAGCCGGCGUUUAGCUUUGGAAAUCCUGCAUCGACUUCAAAUACAACAUCGGCGCCAAGUCUGUUUGGCUCCAAUGCCACAACGUCAGGAGCAAAACCAUCUUUCGGCUUUGGGAACGCAGGAGGGUCGCCCUUUGGCGGAUCGAAUACUACGGGAUCAACUCAGCCUAGUAAACCGAGUCCUCUCGGAGCCGGAGGAAACACGACAACAGGGACAUCAGGCGGUUCUGGUUUAUUUGGAGGAGGCGGUUCGACUUUUGGAGGCACAAGCAGUGGAGACGCUGUCACAUCUACGGGCGGAGGUGGACUUUUCGGCAGCAAAACAAGCACAGCAGGAGUAGGAGCAGCUGCGAAAACUGGUGGGCUAUUUGGAGCUUCUACAGGCGUCUCUCCUUCUGGAGGUAAUUCCGGAGCAGCAACACCAGCAGCCAGUAAACCUGCUUUCAGUUUCGGUUCCACGACUCCUGCCGGUAAUCCUCCGCCGUCUACUGGUCUGUUUGGUGCACAGGCUCAGGGCAGCGGAGGGUCACUGUUCGGCUCGAAACCCAACACGACGACUCCGUCAACUACCCCCUUAUCCGCAGGCCCAACUCAGGCAACCAGUGGAGGACUAUUUGGUAACCAGGGCAGCAAACCCGCUUCAUCGGGACCUCUGUUCGGAGCCGCUGCGCAAGGAACAUCGCCCGGUCUCUUUGCUCCACCUGUAUCAAAGAGCGAUACUUCGUCAGCUUCACAAACAGCUCCAGUUUCAGCGCAGUCCAACCAGCCCAAUGCUGCUCAGUCGUCGCCCUUUGCUCUUGGAGGGCAAGGGAAUGCAUCGAAGCCAUCUUCAGGGGGUCUUUUCGGCAAUAUAGGCGGAACACAAUCAAAUCCACAGGGUCUGUCUCAACCCGCGGCCCCAACGGCCACGACUACUUCAUCAUCAUCUGGACUUUUUGGCGCAAAGCCAUCAUCCGGUACCUCUACUCCAAGUUUAGGUGCUAGCACAUCACAACUAGCAUCUAACUCGACCACCACGGCUGCUACAGCCGUCCCCACUACAACAGCUUCCUCUGGAGGUCUUUUCGGGGCUCCAAAGCCUGCAGCAUCAACGGCAUCUUCUACUGGCCUCUUUGGUGGUACUGGUACUAAACCUAAUCUCUUCGGCAGCGCUACAGCCACAGACUCGAACACUAAAUCCAGUCCCUUUGGGAGCAAGCCAGCAGAGACCUCAUCAUCUAGUGGUGCUCCAGCAACCACUGGUACCGCGGCUCCUACCUUAUUUGGUGCUCCCGCGAGCAAUGCCACGCCAGCAUCCGCAGUAGGUACGACUGCUGGUGGUACCGCAACGGCAGCGACUAGCGGUGGAGCAGCAGGACUGGGAGCUUCCACGAAUCUGGGCGCUUCAACGAUCGGUCCUACCCCUGACGCAGCCUCCCGCUUAAAGAACAAGUCUAUAGAUGAUAUAAUCACAAGAUGGGCUACUGAUCUCGCCAAAUACCAGAAAGACUUUCAAUCGCAAGCUGAACAAGUCGCUUCAUGGGAUAGAUUACUCGUCGAGAAUAGCGACAAGAUCAGUAAGCUAUACUCGAAGGCUUUCCAAGCAGAGCGCGACGCCUCUGAGGUUGAGAAGCAGCUACGCAACGUAGAGAGUCAACAAGACGAGCUUUCCCAGUGGCUCGAUGUGUAUGAGGGUCAGGUCGACCAAUUGAUCAAGAACAGCGUUGGCCAGAACGGCGAGGGGGCGCUACAAGGACCGGACCAGGAAAGAGAGCGGACUUACAAGCUGGCAGAGAAGCUGAACGAAAGAGUCAAUGAAAUGAAUGGUGAGCUGAAGGAGACGAUCGAGGAGAUCAAUGGGGUGUCGUCGACAUUGAGCAAGGCCAAGACCGACGAUCCACUUUCGCAGGUUGUCAAGAUCCUGAAUCAACACUUGCAACAGCUCACUCAGAUUGAUUCCGGUGCGGCUCAGCUCAAGGCUAAGAUCGAGGCUGCACAACGUGAUGGCCAACGGCUAGGAGCAAACGGAUAUCGCGGCCUCGGCACCGACCCGGCGGAGGACUUCUACAAGAGUUACAUGAGGCGUUAAAAGUAAUGGACUUUUACUGAUAUCCGAUACUCACGCGUAGAUGAACAGUUUACUAGCUUAAUGGAGCUCAAAUGUGCAAUUUGAGGAUGUAAAAUUAGAUAUACUCUUUCGUUCACAGAAGGAUGUAACAUGGGUUUUUCAUGAAAUGCAUCAAUUCUUUACAAUUGGGAGAUUGUCAAUCAAGACGACUAGCUAUACAUGGUGGUAGAGAGGAGUUCAUAAGUGAGUCGAACCAUCAAGCAGUUUCGUUCUGUGUUUUGAAUUUUGACGUUUAGAGUAUUGAGUAAAUGAUUGACGAGAAAUCAGCAGACGAAGCAAACGCUCAGCGAACAAAGAUUGGGAGUGACGAUGGUCGUGGCCGGAUUGCUGGUUCACAGCUGGUGCUCGCCCUGUCCACUCUGACGAUGCUGUUC